AUGUCCAAGAUCAAUGCGACGUACAGCUCCGGCUACUACAUCGCCCCUGAUGUCGAUUUUCGAAAGCUUGAGGAACAGCAGCGUCAGGAGCAGCGCGGCAAGCGCAAGCACGGGGGUGCCGACGACGGCGGUGACGACAAUGUCAAGCGGCAGACGUUUGCCAUUCCGUUCGAUCUGAUCUGCGAGCACUGCCACCGACGCAUCGCUCGCGGCAGUCACGUCUACGCCAAUCGACGGGCCACCGACAAGCGCUACCUCGACAGCAUCCGCAUCUGGGAACUGGAGAUAUUGUGCCGCUUCUGCAAGAGCAAGUAUUACCUGCGCACCGACCCGGAGACCCCCAAGGACACGGGCGGCUACAUCUGCGAGAAGGGCUGCAAGCGAGUCGAGGGCGACUUCUACUCCCUCAACAAGCAGAACCAAGCGGCGCGGGAGGAAUGGGAGAAGGCGAAGGCGGAGGCAGAGCUGAACCCGCUGGCGGCGCUGGAAAGAGAAAACGAAGCAGCCCGUGAACUGGAGGAGCGCAACCGCCAGAUUGAAGAAGCAGUGGAGGAGCGCGCCGGACACAAUGAUGGGGACCUGCUCACAAUGCUGCGCAGCCGCCCCCGCCGCACCGAAGUGCGUGCAAAUGCGCUAGACGACGACGAAGACGCGGAUGACAGCGGCAAGACGGGCAUGGCACCGAGUUCUACAGGUGCGGAGCCAGCAUCGUCACCGCCGUCAUCAUCGUCCAUCGCUUUCCCCUUGCCCAAAGCCUUCCCGCUUGGCGGCGACAGUGACGGCGGCGGAAGCGGAGGCGAGGACAAGGAGGACGCCGAUGAACGUGCUUUCCGAGAAUUCAACGAGGACAUGGAGCGACGCUGGCGUACCCUGGAGCGCCAGCAGCGCGCGCGGCAGCGGCAACAGGAGCAGCAGAGCACCGUAGCCGAGACGACGACACCAGCUGAUCAGGAUGAACUGAGGCGUGUGCUGGCGCGCUACGGCGGCGAUCGCCGCGUCGCAGCGGAGACAGUGACAACCACGCUGGUGCAGGUGCAGAAGCCGAAUGCACUCCAGGCCCCGGCUAGCGCGUCGUGUCCAACACCCAUCACCACAUCGGCACCAGCCGUUGCACCCAAGAAGAGCAGCAUCAAGCAAAACAAGUUCUUCGUUUACAACAGCGACAAUGACGGCGACAUCGACGACGCAGACGCUGAAGUGUCGCUGCUCUCCCGCCCGCGUGGACCUCUACCGUUGAAGCCAACCUUUGCUAACGCGGCUCGUGCCACCAGCGCCGUCUCUAUUACCGCAGGAGCGACGUCGUGUGCGCAGCCCGCCUCUCGCUUCGCAGCCCCUGCUGGCGCCUCACAGCCACACCCGCCGCCACGGAAAGACGGCAGCUCUCUUCUGCGCCGCCUCGUCGACGAUGAGGAUGACGAGGAUGGUGCUGACUGA